CUGUGGACAUCGUGGAGGUUAUACAUAACCUAUUCAUUUUGAAUUUAAUUGUUGUGCGGAAAUAUCAGUGGGUGAAGUGGAAUUAGUGUUUAUUUAACGUUUUGUGGAUUAAGGAAUAGAAAGUUGACGUUUUUUAUUUGAAAAAUGGCACAUGACCUGGCAAAAACACUGGGAGGUCUCAGGUUGGAUGGUCGUAGGCCCCUGGAGCUACGUAAAAUAGGGGUGAAAAUGGGGGUAUUUGGACAGGCUGAUGGAAGUGCCUACCUGGAGCAAGGAAAGACCAAAAUUCUAGCGGCUGUCUAUGGACCACAUCAAACUCGAGGGAGUGCAGCCAGGAGUACUGUGAACAAAUCGACAAAAGGGAUCGUUAACUGUCAAUACAGCAUGGCAGUGUUCAGCUUGAGCUCUGGUGAACGAAAGAGAAGACCUAGGGGCGACAGAAAAACUCAGGAGAGGUCCAUUCAACUGAGGCAUGCGAUGGAGGCUGUCCUGAAUCUAGAGAAUUUUCCACGAUCGCAGAUUGAUAUUUUUGUAGAAGUUCUCCAAGUUGAUGGGAGUGAUUACUGCGCAGCGAUAAAUGCAGCCACGUUAGCGUUAAUUGACGCAGGAAUCCCGAUUAAAGAUUAUGCCAUUGGGUGCACAGUAACCCUCCCCGACGCCUCCCAAACCUUCGACGAGUCAGAAGUUCCUGGAAUUGGAGUCCUGGACGCUAAUAAUCUCGAAGAAAACGGCCCAGGGACAACUCUCUCGGUAGUUGCCCUACCAGAAACGACAAACGAAGCCAGCAAAGAAGCUGGCUUGAUCAUCAUAGCUCAAGCCAGUGGUCAGCGCUUGGACAUUUCAAAAAUGGAGGGCAUGAAGACAAGAGCAUUGCACGGUUGCCAGAGUAUCAAAACCAUUCUUGAUAAAAUAGUCAGACAGCAUCUAACAACAAAUUCUCUGCCAUCUUUAUUCGAUGUACAAAUGAUAGAAUAAAUGGACGAUUCAUUCACUCUCAACUGUCAUCACAAUUUUCUUCAAUCAUUAGUAUAAAUAUUCUCGUUAUAAAAACAGUUUUUGUAUGAAAUUAAUUGGAAAAUAUAUGUAUUGAUCUAGA